CUCAGACUACUUUAAGAUUUGAGGGAGUGAAAUGGAGAAAAAAAAGUUUAAAAUUGAUCGAGAAACCUUCUCUUGUUCCAUCUGUCUGGAUCUACUGAAGGAUCCGGUGACUAUUCCCUGUGGACACAGCUACUGCAUGAACUGUAUUAAAAGCUUCUGGGAUGGAGAGGAUCGGAAAAGAAUCUACAGCUGCCCUCAAUGCAGGAAAACUUUCACACCAAGACCUUUCCUGGAGAAAAACACCAUGUUAGCAACUCUGGUGAAGCGGCUGAAGAAGACUGGACUCCAAGCUGCUCCUGCUGAUCACUGCUAUGCUGGACCUGAAGAUGUGGCCUGUGAUUUCUGCUCUGGAAGAAAACUGAAAGCCAUCAAGUCCUGUUUAUUCUGUCUGGCCUCUUACUGUAAGAAACAUCUUCAGCCUCAUUAUGAAUCACCUACAUUCAAGAAACACAAGCUGGUGGAGCCCUCCAAGAACCUCCAGGAGAACAUCUGCUCUCGUCAUGAUGAGGUGAUGAAGAUGUUCUGCCGUACUGAUCAGAAGUGUAUCUGUUAUCUCUGCCCUGUGGAUGAACAUAAAGGCCACGACACAGUCUCAGCUGCAGCAGAAAGGACUGAGAGGCAGAGAGAGCUGGAGGUGAGUCGACAAGAAAUCCAGCAGAGAAUCCAGGACAGAGAGAAAGAUGUGAAGCUGCUUCAACAGGAGGUGGAGGCCAUCAAUCACUCUGCUGAUAAAACAGUGGAGGACAGUGAGAAGAUCUUCACUGAGCUGAUCCGUCUCAUCCAGAAAAGAAGCUCUGAUGUGAAGCAGCAGAUCAGAUCCCAGCAGGAAACUGAAGUGAGUGGAGUCAAAGAGCUUCAGGAGAAGCUGGAGCAGGAGAUCACUGAGCUGAAGAGGAAAGACGCUGAGCUGAAGCAGCUCUCACACACAGAGGAUCACAACCAGUUUCUACACAACUACCCCUCACUGUCAGCACUCAGUGAGUCUACACACUCAUCCAGCAUCAAUAUCCGUCCUCUCAGAUACUUUGAGGAUGUGACAGCAGCUGUGUCAGAGCUCAGAGAUAAACUACAGGACAUUCUGACAGACAGAUGGACAAACAUCUCACUGACAGUCACUGAUGUGGAUGUUUUACUGUCACAACCAGAGCCAAAGAGCAGAGCUGGAUUUUUAAAAUAUUUGCGUAAAAUCACACUGGAUCCAAACACAGCACACACACAGCUGUUACUGUCAGAGGGAAACAAAAAGGUGACAAGAAUGGAUCAACAUCAGUCUUAUUCUAGUCAUCCAGACAGAUUCACUGAAUACUGGCAGGUUCUGAGUAGAGAGAGUCUGACUGGACGUUGUUACUGGGAGGUGGAAAUGAGAGGAAGAGUUGAUGUUGCAGUUGCUUACAAGAAUAUCAGCAGGGCAGGGUAUGAAAGUAUAUUUGGGUAUAAUGACAAAUCAUGGUCAUUAUAUUUUGGCCCACAUAAUUAUACAUUUUAUUACAACAACAUUGAUACCUCCAUCUCAGGUCCUCGGUCCUCCAGAGUAGGAGUGUACCUGGAUCACAGAGCAGGUAUUCUGUCCUUCUACAGCGUCUCUGAAACCAUGACUCUCCUCCACAGAGUCCAGACCACAUUCACUCAGCCGCUCUAUGCUGGAGGUGGGAUCAGUUCUGAUCUUGGAAGUGCCAAGUUUUGUUAACCUGAUUAGACUAAAGUAACUGAGGCUUCAGAUUAUUUUAUAAUCAUUUUGUGUCAUUGUUCUUCUCUUGUCAAAUUAUUUUUCUUCUCAUUUAUAUUUCUAUUAUUUGAGCUUUUCAUAAAUUUUCUAGAAGAAAAACAAAUUUCUUCUGUGAGUUGUUUUUUCCAUCAAAGAUCAUGUUUAUUUAACAGAUGAAAAAGUGGAAAAACUGAGUUUGUGUUUGCAGACAUUUAGUUCUAGAUCAUGUGUGAGAUACUGAACGUGAAACUUUUGUAGUUUUAUCAUUUAUUUCGCAUGUUGAUUCAGUGUUGAUGUGAGUGCAUCAUGUCUUCUGAUGUCUCAGCCAAAAGAUCUUUGUUAAAGAGGCUUUAAUUUUCCUUUUUAUACUUCAAUAAAGAUAAAACAAGUGAACUCUGA